GGCCGGUGGCUCCAGAAGGUUCGGUGCUCGGAGCCGGGGGUCGCCGCCAUGAUGGGCCCGAGGCCUGUGCUGGUGCUCAGCCAGAACAUGAAACGGGAGUCGGGGAGGAAAGUCCAGACUGGGAACAUCACUGCUGCAAAGACCAUAGCUGACGUGAUCAGGACGUGUUUAGGACCACGAGCCAUGAUGAAGAUGCUUCUGGACCCCAUGGGUGGGAUUGUGAUGACCAACGAUGGCAAUGCUAUUCUCAGAGAGAUUCAGGUCCAGCACCCUGCUGCUAAAUCCAUGAUUGAGAUCAGCCGUACUCAGGAUGAGGAGGUUGGAGAUGGGACCACAUCCGUCAUCAUCCUGGCUGGAGAGAUGCUCUCUGUUGCUGAACACUUCCUGGAGCAGCAGAUGCACCCAACGGUGAUCAUCGGCGCGUACCGCAAGGCUCUGGAUGACAUGAUCAGCAUCCUCAAGAAGAUCGGCACCCCCGUGGACGUGAACAACAAGGAGAUGAUGCUGAAGAUCAUCAAGAGCGCCAUAAACACCAAGGCCAUCAACCGGUGGUGCGAGCUGGCCUGCGGCAUCGCCCUGGAGGCGGUGAGGACGGUGGAGCUGGAGGAGAACGGCAGGAAGGAGAUCGACAUCAAGAAGUACGCCAAAGUGGAGAAGAUUCCAGGUGGUUUUAGCGAAGACUCCUGCGUGUUACGGGGGAUCAUGGUGAAUAAAGACGUAACUCACCCCCGCAUGAGGCGUCUCAUCAAGAACCCCCGCAUUGUCCUUCUGGAUUGUUCCCUGGAAUACAAGAAAGGGGAGAGCCAGACUGACAUCGAGAUCACCCGCGAGGAAGACUUCGCCCGCAUCCUGCAGAUGGAGGAGGAAUACAUCCAGCAGAUGUGUGCAGACCUCAUCAGGGUCAAACCAGACCUGGUCAUCACAGAGAAAGGGAUUUCAGACCUGGCCCAGCACUACCUGAUGAGAGCCAACAUCACAGCCAUCCGCAGGGUGAGGAAGACGGACAACAACCGCAUCGCCAGGGCCUGUGGAGCUCGCAUCGUGAGCCGCACGGAUGAGCUGCGGGAGGAGGACGUGGGCACCGGGGCCAGGCUCUUUGAGGUGAAGAAGAUCGGGGAUGAGUAUUUUGCCUUCAUCACCGACUGCAAAGAGCCCAAGGCCUGCACCAUCAUCCUGCGGGGAGCCAGCAAGGAGAUCCUGGCUGAGGUGGAGCGGAACCUGCAGGACGCCAUGCAGGUCUGUCGCAACGUGCUCCUGGACCCGCAGCUGGUUCCGGGCGGAGGAGCCACGGAGAUGGCCGUGGCGCAGGCGCUGACGGAGAAAUCCAAAGGGAUGACGGGCGUGGAGCAGUGGCCGUACCGCGCCGUGGCCCAGGCGCUGGAAGUGAUCCCUCGCACCCUCAUCCAGAACUGCGGCGCCAGCACCAUCCGGCUGCUCACCUCGCUCAGGGCAAAACACACUCAGGACAACAGCCAGACAUGGGGGGUGAACGGGGAGACCGGAGCCUUGGUGGACAUGAAGGAGCUGGGGGUCUGGGAGCCGCUGGCUGUCAAGCUGCAGACCUACAAGACAGCAGUGGAGACGGCCAUUCUCCUGCUUCGCAUCGAUGACAUCGUGUCCGGGCACAAAAAGAAGGGGGAUGAGAAGAGCCAGGCUCCGGCAGCACCGGAGGCAGCCCAGGAAUGA